AUGAGAGAGGAGAUAGCUGCGACAGUGUUUUUUGUAGCUCGGUUAACUAAGCGCUACGGCUGUCUUGAUAAUGACAGCAGAGACCGUUUUGCUGGGGCGCUCACAUCUACUUUGUUUGAGAGUUACAAAAACCACUGGGACCCUCUAACGCCCAGCAAGGGACAGGCCUACAGGUGUCUGCGUAUGAACAGAGUCCAGUUGAGAGACCCAGUGUUGGAGGAGGCCUGUGUCAAGAGCGCGGUGCGUUAUGAAGACCUUGGCCUGCCCAGAGAGCUGACGGUCUGGGUGGACCCUGGAGAGGUGUCCUGCAGGUACGGUGAGCAUAGCGCUCCUUUCUGUGUGUCGAUAGUGGAUAGCGAUAGCUGUCGCCGCAGAGAUCGGGAGUUUUCCCGGCGUAUCCAGGAUGCUGUGGAGCGAGCCAGUACGGAUAUCCAAUCGGGAGCUUCCUCAGACGAUGACGAGGACACCAGCGUGAGUAGCAGCGGCAGCAGCCUACCAGCUCCGUGUCCUGCUCCCGCCCCAGUCCCCAACCCAGAGCCCAAAACCAUCCCAACAGUCAGCAACCCCAACAGUGUCUACCAGUUCAGUGACUUUUCUCCAUGCGCCCCCCAAAUCUGGGUAACGUACCAGAACAGGAAGCCCUUUGUUGGGGAUGGAUUGCCAUCACAUGCACCCCCACCUGCAGGUCACAGCACUCAGUUCUCUGGCUCCAAAGCCUUCAAGCCGUACCGCCCUGCCUUCUCGUUCACUGGACCCCGUGUUGACAAGUACCACUGGGUCAGUAAGACCCGCUCUUAG